CGGCGGCCGCCGGGGCUGAACGGGGCGGGCCAGCGCCGGUGCCGCAGAGCCGCCGCGGCGGAGAGAGGGUGGCGGGAUGGGCUCGGUGGGAGCCGAGCGCUUCAAGGAGCUGAGCCCGGCGGUGACACCCGAGGGGAACGUGGUGAUGAGCUUCAGCUUCGACAGCUACCAGCUGGAGGAGGACGAGCUGCAGCGGGGCAGCCAGGCCAAGGCUGUCCUCACCUUCAUGGAGCCAGUUUCUGAGGACCCUGAGCCUCAGGAUCGAUACCAUGGGAUUUAUUUUGCCAUGCUGCUGGCUGGGGUGGGAUUUCUCCUGCCCUACAACAGCUUUAUCACCGAUGUGGAUUACCUGCACCAUAAAUACCCAGGGACCUCUAUUGUCUUUGACAUGAGCCUCACCUACAUCCUGGUGGCCUUGGUGGCCGUCAUCCUCAACAACGCGCUGGUGGAGCUGCUGAGCUUGCACACCCGGAUCUCCGUGGGCUACCUCUUUGCCCUGGGGCCCCUGCUCUUCGUCAGCAUCUGUGACGUGUGGCUGGAGCUGUUCAGCCGCAGACAAGCCUACGCCAUCAACCUGGUGGCUGUGGGGGUGGUGGCCUUUGGCUGCACAGUGCAGCAAUCCAGCUUCUAUGGCUACACGGGGCUGCUGCCCAAGCGCUACACGCAGGGAGUGAUGACGGGCGAGAGCACCGCCGGGGUCAUCAUCUCGCUCAGCCGCAUCUUCACCAAGCUGCUGCUGUCGGACGAGAAGGAGAACACCGUCAUCUUCUUCUUCAUCUCCAUCGGCAUGGAGCUGACGUGCUUCAUCCUCCACCUCCUGGUGAAGCGCACCCGCUUCGUGCGCUACUACACCGACUGCUCCCGCAGGGGCCUCCCGGAGAGCCGCGGGGCCGGCGAGCCCGGCACCGGCUACCGCGUCCACCACGACGUCACCUCUGAGGACGUGCGAUUCGAAAACCGGGAGCAGGGGCAGCCGAGCUCCCCCCGGGGCAGCCCCGGCCCCGAAGCUGAGCUGGCUGGGAGUGGCACCUACAUGCGCUUCGACGUCCCUCGGCCCAAGGUCAAGAGAAGCUGGCCCAGCUUCCGAGACAUGCUGCUCUACCGCUACGUCGUGUCCCGCCUCAUCUGGGCCUACAUGCUCUCCAUCGCCAUGACCUACUUCAUCACGCUGUGCCUCUUCCCUGGGCUGGAGUCGGAGAUCCACAACUGCACGCUGGGGGAAUGGCUCCCCAUCCUCAUCAUGGCCAUCUUCAACCUCUCGGACUUUGUUGGCAAGAUCCUGGCUGCUCUGCCUUAUGACUGGAGAGGGACUCACCUCCUCGUCUACUCCUGCCUCCGUGUGGUCUUCAUCCCCCUCUUCAUCAUGUGUGUCUACCCCAAUGGGCAGCCCACCUUCGGCCACCCCGCCUGGCCCUGCAUCUUCUCCCUCCUCAUGGGCAUCACCAACGGCUACUUCGGCAGCGUGCCCAUGAUCCUGGCCGCAGGCAAAGUGAGCCCGGAGCAGCGGGAGCUGGCAGGGAACACCAUGACCGUGUCCUACAUGACGGGCUUGACGCUGGGCUCGGCCGUGGCGUAUUUUGCCUACAGCCUCACCAGUACCUCCCACAGCAGCUGCUUCUACACCGAGACCUCCAACGGCUCCUUCACCUCGGGGUACUGAGCCCUGGGGUGGGCAAUGGGGACAGGAUGGCACCUGCUUCCCACCAUGGUCCCCAGCGCCCCACGUUCCUCCUCAAGGAGGGAGCCUGGAGCCCAAAAGCCACCCCAGCACGGACAGGGACCGGUAUCCUGUUGGCACAGGGCUGUGGCAUUCCCAAACGGCCUGUGCUGCCCAGCCAGGCACUGCGCAGGGCCACUGCUUGGGGUGACACUCCUCCCACCCCAGGGGACAGUUCUUGUUGCUUUUGGGGGUUUCCCCAUCAGCAAUCUCCAGUGAAGGCUGGGGAUCUUCUGUUUGCACCAAGCCAUUGACAGGAGGAAGAAAAUACUGCCAAAUCCCAAAGGGAAUAGGACCAGCACUAGGGAGGAGGGUGAUGGAGGGCUGGUGAGGAAGAAGAGGAGCAAGAGAGGAAAGAAACACUCCUUCAGUCCCCCGUGGCUCUGGGAAGGUGGGUCUUGACUUCCAUUGAUGGUGCUGCAGGUUUCCAACAGGAAUGGCUUGAAACCACAGUCCCUCCCUAAAUAUGUGAAUCAUAUGGUUGGGGAAAAGUUUUAUUUUAAAUUGUAUCUGGUUUUAACUCCCGUUAACUGCAACAGAGGCAGGGUCUUGCCUCCCCCCACCCCACACUGUGAAUCUGCUCCUUUGCAAGGGGAAGAGGGGGGGUCCCAAGGCUACAGCACUGCCAGUGCCACCUGCAGGCCACUGCUGAGCUUCAAGAUUUAUUGCACAGGAUGUAAGUGAAGCUGAUUAAAUAAUUAAAUGUCUUUGCAACAA